CAGACGGUGUUUUCUGCCCGAGAGGACCGGAGCGCCGUGACGUAAUCGCCGGGUCUCCCGCCCGCCUUGUGCACUGAAGGGCGCGCGCAGCUGUUUUUCCCCUCCGUUCUGCCGCCGCCGCUCGCGCGUGCAGCAUCUUUUCUGUGAUGUGGGCGUGACCGCGGGCCGGGAGAGUGAGAGAGAGUGAUAGAAGGAGCGAUAGAGGGAGUGAUAGCGGGAGUGAAGAGCAGUCCGCCGCUGCUCAGAGUGAGCAUGAAGUCCCCGCGGCUCCGCGCGCUCCUCACUCUGCUUACUGCGUGCUGUCAGCUCUGCAGCUGCGCGAGAUACGGCUGUUUGUUUGAUGGUGGUCUGUGCUCGAGUGGGCAGGUCUGCUGGGAUGAUGAGCUGUUUGGGCAGUGCCUGGCGCCGCAGCAGGACAGAUUUCGCUACAGGGUAAAUGCCUCCCUGUUGGACAGACUGCAGUCUUUACUACAGAUGCUCAUGAAGGAAGGACUGACCUGGCGAGAUGAUGUCACCCAGUCACUCAUUGAUAAAGAGCUUAGUAAAGUUGUAAAGAUCCCAGUGCUAUCAGCUGUGAAGAAUGCUCCCUCCCCUGGGUCCGAUGGAGGUACAGCAGACCAGCUCAACCCCAAACUGCAGCACUAUAUGGACUACAUGAUUGUUGACACUCCCCAGUCCUCACUGCGUAUGCAGAGCAUGGAACCGUACAGGCCCACCUACCAAAAGUACGGGUACCAGGAUGAAGAAGAGCGCUCUCUGAACCUGGUGGAGGGCAGGGACAGGUAUCCAGCAUCCUCCUCCCGCUCCCGGGGUCCCGCCCCCCGUCCUCAGCCUCCAGAUAAGGAUGCACAGCUGCUGCAGGACCUGUUUUCUCUCUUGCUGUCUUCACCUGAACAACCCACGUCCCGUCACCGAGUGGCCACACCCCUCUCCUCCUCAUCUUUCUUUCAGGGGCUGGACUUCCCUCUGGAUUACAGUAAGGACUACGUUUCCCAGGACGUGGAGGUCAACAGCCAGCAGGAGCAGAAGAAGACCCCUGAGCAGUACAGCAGGGUCCAUGACGCAGAUCAGCAGAGUCUGAAUGAGCUGCUGCUGCAGCACGGAUUUGACCUGGCUCAUCUGAACCCUGGGGAGAUGGAGCACCUCUUCACUGUGCUGGACCACUUACAGAACGAGCCACCAAUCACACACAGUCAGGAUCAUGCUAAAUCAGCCGCCCCACAAAAGCCGAUGAAAAUCACAGAGGGGAAAAUGACGCAUCUAGUGGAGAAACCUCCAGUGGCUGCUGUGUCCUCCUCCUCUACUGGUUCUAAAAUGUCCCUGAAGAAUAACGAUAUUAGUGAAGGGGCUAGCGUCCCAGGCCCCCUGUCCCCACUGAAACAGGAGAAGGGCUGGUCAGGAGAGGAAAAGGUGUGGAAAGGAGUUUCCAAUACAGCACCAGUAAAGAAUCAAACACAGUAUAAAGAGGAGUAUGGAUACAUCAUUACAAACCAGAGUCCUCUCUCUCUGUAUGAUGGGGUUCGUCUGAUUGAAACCUUGGCUGAAAGGAUCCACCUCACCACUGGCUCAUUCGUCAACAUCAGUGUGGUGGGUCCGGCUCUUACAUUCCGAGUUCGUCCCAACAGCAAGAACCUGACUGCUGCUGCAGUGGCAGACAAGGCCGUGGCUGAGAAGAACUUUCUGGAAUCAGAGACUGGCCUGAAUGUGCUGCAGGCUGGAGUCGGAGAGAAAAAUGAAGCCUUGCCAGUUGCGAAACGCAUGCAAGAGGGCACCCGAUGGGUGUUCCUUACCUUUGUGGGUGUGGCCUGUGUGGGCGGCCUCCUAGUCGGCUCAUUGACCAUCGCCUGCCUGCGCAGCCAUGCACGCCAGCUGGCCUCUGGAAAGCUGGGCUUGGGACCAGAGGCAGGAAGUGACACACACUAUGCAUACCAGGACCUCUGUCGGCAGCACAUGGCUGCAAAGUCUUCUUCAGGCAAGCAGGAAGGGGUGGCGGGGGCUACAGGUGCGGCAGGCGCAGGAGGAGCCUCGGGAGGAGGAGCAGGGACAGACACCUCGCGGGUCAGCAGCGUGUCAUCUCAGUUCAGCGACGCUGCACAGCCGAGCCCCAGCUCUCACAGCAGCACCCCCUCCUGGUGUGAAGAGCCAGCCCAGUCCAACAUGGACAUUUCUACUGGACACAUGAUACUGGCAUAUAUGGAGGACCAUGUUAAGAAUAAGGACCGGCUGAUGAAGGAGUGGGAGGCACUGUGCUCCUACCAGGCGGAACCCAGCACUGUGUCUGUCGCUCAGAGCGAAAGCAACCUCAAGAAGAACCGCUGCCCUGACGCUGUUCCAUACGAUCACUCCCGUGUGAAACUGAAGGCAGAGAUUAACCCCUCGAGGACUGACUACAUCAAUGCCAGCACUAUAAUUGAACAUGACCCCAGGAUGCCAGCGUACAUCGCCACCCAGGGACCCCUCUCACACACCAUCUCCGAUUUCUGGCAGAUGGUCUGGGAGAACGGUUGUACUGUGAUUGUGAUGAUGACCGCACUGGUUGAGGAUGGAGAGAAGCAGUGUGACCGGUACUGGCCAGAUGAGGGCUCCUCCCUCUACCACAUCUAUGAGGUGAACCUGGUGUCCGAACACAUCUGGUGCAACGACUUCCUGGUGCGUAGCUUCUACCUAAAGAACGUCCAGACGCAGGAGACGCGUACCCUCACACAGUUUCACUUUCUGAGCUGGCCUGCACAAGGGAUCCCGACCUCCACUCGUCCCCUGCUGGACUUCCGCAGGAAGGUGAAUAAAUGCUACAGAGGACGCUCCUGUCCCAUCAUCGUCCACUGCAGUGACGGGACGGGUCGGACUGGGACGUACAUCCUGAUUGACAUGGUUCUGAACCGCAUGGCUAAAGGGGUGAAGGAAAUUGAUAUCGCUGCAACUUUAGAGCAUAUCCGAGACCAGAGACCAGGAAUGGUGCGCACAAAGGACCAGUUCGAGUUUGCUCUGACUGCUGUGGCUGAAGAGGUCAACGCCAUUCUGAAAGCUCUGCCCCAGUAAAUCCAGACCUCUCUCUUUCUCUCUCUCUCUGUCUCACACUCUCUCUCCCACACACACGCUCUCUCUCUCUCUCUUUUUCUCUCUCUCUCUAUUCAUACAGAAUACUAUAUAUUAGUGCAUGGGAGCCCCGCACCAAGCCUGGUCCUCCCUCUGAUCCCAGCACUGUCUGAACCUGCCUGCUUAAACUGCUCCAGCAAACAUACACACACACACACACACACACACACCAGCCCUGUGCAAUGAGUGCUGCUUCCACCCGCCAGCAUACAGUACAUUACACCUAUUACAAAGGUGCAGUAACACACACACCCAUACACAUAUACAUCACAGCUAGUUUGUGAUGAUAUGUAAAUUGGAAAGGUAAACCAGCUAAUUAUAUAUUGAGGGUUGCAACCCUCAAAAUAGACCUCUUAUCCUCCUUUCACCCUGUUCUUUAAUGGUCUUGACCCCACAGGAGAGAGACCACCACAGAGAAGCUGUUAUUUGGAUGGGGGGUUGUUAUUCUCAGCACUGCAGUGACACUGGUAUGGUGGUUGUUACUUUUAGUGUGUGUUAUGCUGGUACGGAUCAGACACAGCAAUGCUGCUGGAGUUUUUAAACACCAGUCAGAAAUAUUCAGCUAAGAACUACUACGUCCUGUGGAUAGUAUCCUGAAGGCAGCAUCCUGUGAGCACUAAUAAAGUGCUAGAGAAUGACCAACACAAACUGUGCAGCAACAGAUUCAGAGCUUCUGUCUCUGACUUACUUUAUAUAGAAGGUAGAGCAGCUAGGUAGGAUUGUCUAAUAGUGUGAACAGUGAGUGAACAGUGUUUAAAAACUCCAGCAGCACUGCUGCAUCUGAUCUACUCUCAAUAACACACCAGUGUCACUGCAGUGCCGAGAUUGACCCACCACCCAAAUAAUAGCUUCUCUGUGGUGGUCCUGUGGGGUCCUGUCCCUUGAAUUGAACUAUUUCUGGGACAAUACAUUGUCCAUAAAAUGUAAUUAUUGUAACAGUCCUACUUAAUAUGUCUGUAAUAUAUAAAAUAUGUUUUUAUACAUACUUGGGAAGACCGCCUACAGAUACUGUACUGGCAUCAGUCUUACAUCUGUAUUCUUUCUUUAGUCCUCUCCUUUUGUCCCCAUAUAAAAUCUGAAACCAGUUGAAGACUGAUCCCCUGACCUUCAGAUUCACUCUGCACUUUGGCUAUAGGCUUAAAAUUCCUCUUCAUAUCCACAGCGAUGGCCCUGUUCUGCUUCCACGCCAGUGUUUUUCCCAGAAUCCAGAGUCUGCACUGUGUUCAAUGAGUUAAUGCAGGUUGAUGAUGAUAAUGAGGCUCUUGGUUUGAUUUUCUGUUUCUCUCCAUAUCGGACUCUGUGUCUCUCUGAUAUAACUGUUGAUUGAUCUUGAUUGUGAUCAAUAUAUUGUUCUUUCCUUCUUGCAUCAGUAUAAAAAAAUAUAUAAAAAAUGAUAUAUGUAUCUGAGUAAAAAAUAUAUUUUGUAUCUUGUGAUUAAUAAAAUCUGUUUUGUGAAGUGAUGCAGCA